UUGUUGAAUACUACUCUUUUGUGAAUGGUAUUUUUGAUACCGCAUCUCCGCACCCAAAGGUGAAGUCUACUCUUAGGGGUUUAUUUUUCGGUUACUGUGAAGGACUUGUGCUCGUAAUCCUAAGAGGAAAAUCCUGGUGGGUUUUUUUUUUUAUGUCCAUUUGUAAAUUGAAGAUCCAUAUGAGAUCCACCGUGUGAGAGAUUGGCAGGGAAAUCGAAUAAAUAUAAAUUAUACACGGGGGAAAGUCUCGUUGGGGUUCACGUAGGGAUGGUUCCUUCUGCAGAUCGGUGUGGCUUUUUCUCAGACUUGUGUAACAGGCCCAUCAGUUUUGAAGUGUUUGAUGUUUCAGCCUGUCCGUCCGUUUAGGAGCUACUGUUUGGCAUUCAGAAGGCACACACUAUGUGGACGCAUGUUACUCUCUUGUCCUUGAUUAUUCGGAGGCGGAAGAACAUAAUAUUACCCAGGAUAAUUAAAAGGCCCAGAUCACGUAUGAUUGUGGUAUUGCUGCGUCUGAGGGAAGAAUUCCCAAUUCAGAAUAAAACCUCGUCAGCUCCAGUUACAGCUUCCCCAGGUCCCCAUUCCUCCAGAGCGGCCUCCUAAGCUUGCUUAGUCCAGAGCUCACACUUCCCUGCGGCUGGGAAGGAUUGAGGUGAGAAGCGCAGACGUGGAAAUCCUGAAGACGGCCCACAUCGAACGGAUCGCCUCCUCCCUGGAAUUUACCCCAGAACCGAUCCUGUUCUUGACUCCCAGUGUGGCCUGCCGUGAGCAUUGGGAUCUGCUGGUCACAUCCAUGGCCUCCGGUGUGCAUUUGCCUCCAUGAGGAGAUGGGGCAAGAUGCUUCCUUCCCCACCACCCCCAUCCCACACCUCCCAGAACGAGGUUCCUGCUGAACCCCUGGAGGAACUGGCCUACAGACGCUCGCUUCGAGUGGCUCUGGAUGUUUUGAACCAGAGAACCAGUUUGCCUCAAGAAAGCUCUUCAAGGGAAGAAAGAACUGCUCUGUCCUCAGGAGAGAAGCCCAUGGAACUGGCCUCCUCGCUCUGUGACCCCAGCUCUUCUGGUCUCCAGGAAGACGUGCUAAGCAGUUCCGGACCUCAGAGGAGGGCACGUGUACGCCCAAGGCUGUCGGGUUCACCCACGUGUAGAAAGGACCCCAAGUGCAAAGACCGCAAGAAGGAGCUCGGGACAAGUGAGAGUGCGUGGGCCUUGGUGGUCCCCUCAGCCAGAGGUGGUUCUCAGGACGCCAGUGGAUCGAGAGCGUGCUGCAGAAGGCGGACAGCCCUGAGUAAAAAGGGAAGAAGUUUAGCACAGGAGCCCAGCUCGUGUCAGAGGGUACCUUCGCUCUCAGGGGGAGACGGUGAACAAGAGAGGAGCCCUCCAGCCCCUGGCUCACCGCCCAGCGUCAGGGAGGAGGGUCUGUGGGCCAAAGGGCGAGACCCGGGUUUGCCUCCGCGAGGCCCCACUGUGCUCCCGACCCAGGGGCGCCCCGCCUGCCCAGAUGCCCGAGGCCGCCCUGCCAAGCGGCUGCACCCAGAUGGCAGUCAGAGGCUGCCCACCCCGCAGCGGGAGCCGGGGGCAGUGCCCAGGCAGAGGCCCAGGGGAUGCAUGACUCUGCGCAGUGCUGCCAAACUCAGCCUGCCUGCCCCCCAGGCUUCCCCAGAGGAGACAAGAAAUCUUCGCAUCCUGGUGGAGGAAGACCGUCAGUCUUCUGGAGAGUCAGUCGACUUUAAUCCCAUUCAUUCCGUCCUGGAGGAAGAGGAGGAUGAUGAGGAGCCACCCAGAAUCCUUUUCUAUCACGAACCACGGUCAUUUGAAGUAGGAAUGCUGGUCUGGCUUAAACACCAGAAAUACCCCUUCUGGCCAGCAGUGGUCAAGAGCGUCCGGCGAAGAGAUAAGAAAGCCAGUGUGCUCUUUAUCGAGGGGCACAUGGACCCCAAAGGGAGAGGGAUCACGGUGUCUCUCAGGAGACUGAAGCACUUCGACUGCAAAGAGAAACAGGCGCUUCUGCUUCAGCAGCCCCGCACAGGGGCAUCUGCUGGCUCUGCGGUGUGGACGCGGGAGCCGGGGACGCAGAGGGGGUUGGAAGAGCGCCUGUGGCCUCCUGCUGAAGCUGCUGCCUGGGUCUCAUUGCAGAACGAAGCCAAGGAGGACUUCGACCAGGCCAUCGGCUGGUGUGUCUCCCUGAUCACCGACUACAGGGUCCGGCUUGGCUGCGGUUCUUUCGCGGGCUCUUUCCUGGAGUAUUACGCUGCCGAUAUAAGUUAUCCCGUCCGCAAGUCCAUCCAGCAGGACGUCUUGGGGACCAGGUUCCCGCAGCUGAGCGGGGGGUACCCCGAGGAACCUGUGGUGGGGAGCCCCCAGGGGAGGAGGCGGCCCUUCAGGAAGGUCCUCCCUGACCGGUCCCGGGCUGCUCGGGACCGGGCCAACCAGAAGCUCGUGGAGUACAUCGUGAAAGCGAGGGGCGCCGAGGGCCACCUGCGGGCCAUCCUGAAGAACAGGAAGCCGUCCCGGUGGCUGAAGACGUUUCUGAAUUCGGGUCAGUACGUGACGUGCGUGGAGACGUACCUGGAGGACGAGGAUCAGCUGGACCUGGUGGUGAAGUACUUACAGGGGGUCUACCAGGAGACGGGCAGCAGGACGCUGGCGCGGGUCAACGGCGACCGGAUCCGCUUUAUUCUGGACGUUCUCCUGCCUGAAGCCAUCAUCUGCGCGAUCGCGGCGGUGGACGCUGUGGAUUACAAGACGGCUGAGGAGAAGUACCUCAGAGGACCGUCCCUCAGCUACCGGGAAAAAGAAAUAUUUGAUAACCAGCUCCUAGAAGAAAGGAGUCAGCGGUGCUGAUGCUGGAGGGGCCGCCAUGGGUCCCGUGGCUGGGGCGCGAGUGCGGUCUGCGGGACCAGGGCCUGGAAUGUGCUCGCUUCUUUCUCAUCUGUGGGUGCUCUUUUCCUGGCUUUUGUGGAAGGUAGAGUUCCUGAUUUUGAAACAAAAAUGUGUUUUGUUUUAUUGCAUAUCAUUACUUGUGACUGUACUGUAUUGUUUAAUAAAAGGUGCACAUUUGUUUUUUUUAUGUUAAAAAGCACUGUAUCCAGUAUUAAACAGGAGUUUUAAGAAA